AUGCUAAGACUUUACCUGACCAGUUUACUCUCUCUCACAGUAUUGGCCCAAUUUCAAACCUUCAUCCCCCGCGGGCAUAAUGAUCUUGUCUUUAGCAUCCAUAUCCCAGAAAGCACGGCCAAUUCCAGCUUAGGGCCUAUUUACUUCCAGUUGAAUGCGACAAACCGGGUUCAAUGGUUCGCCUUGGGCGAGGGGGAGCAGAUGGCAGGCGCGAAUAUCUUUGUGGUUUACGAUGCUGGUAAAGAUGUAACAGUGUCCCCGCGAUCCGGGGUGGGACACAUCCAGCCGUUGUAUAACGCUGCUGCGCAAGUCACUGUCUUGAAUGGUAGCGGGCUCCACAAUGGAAUCAUGACUGCCAAUAUCAAGUGUGAUAGUUGCAUCAAUUGGGCCGGCGGCAGUGAGAAACCAACCAAUUCUUUAAGCUCUUGGAUCUGGGCCGUCAAAUAUGGGAAACCAAUGCGCUCCAAGAGUCAAUCAGCCCCCAUAAUUCUACAUGAUGACUUCGGUGUCGUAGCUGUUGAUUUGACAAAAGCCACUGGGCCAACAUCUCCUGACCCCUUUUUGGACUUGGCGCCGUCGUCUCUUUUCCGUACGGCCAAGACAUUUGAUAGUGAAGGACUUCACCGCAUGAGAGUUGCUCACGGAGUUCUUAUGAGCGUGGCAUUUCUAAUUUUCUUCCCAUGUUCUGCAUUGACACUUCUGGUCUUUUCCAACUCCCACAUUGUCGCUAUACAUGGGAUUUUGCAAAUAUUGACUCUUGCUGUGUCGCUGGUUGGUAUGGGCCUAGGUAUUGCCAUGGCCAAGAAAAUCCGCCAAAUGGCCCACUACCACAUUGUGAUUGGGUUUGUGGUAUUAGGGGGGCUCACUUUACUCCAGCCAGCCAUGGGACUAUUGCAACACCGACACUUUAGUAAGACUGGUGGAAAAGGGCCAUUUGCUUACUCACACCGAUGGUUUGGACGGAUCAUGAUUCUAGUGGGGGUAGUGAAUGUGGGACUGGGAUUUCAGUUUACUGGAGUCGGGGAACCGGAUGCUCCGAGGUCUGUGGUUAUUGCAACUAGCGUGAUAGCUGGAGUCGUUUUUAUUGUGUAUAUUUUAACCAUUGGAAGAUACCUGCAUCGCAGUACUCUUCACAAGAAGCCGGCCAUCCAUAUCACCUAUGACGAGGGAGUCCAAAUUAUUCGCGCAUUUCUAUACUAUGCGUCCAAACACCCAGUUGAGGAUCUUCAAGCAUACACUCGUCAGUGGGUCCCCAACCCACAUUGGGUAAGAUCCGAGCUGGUCACUAUCCCCGAUAAUUUCUUGCCCGUGUCGGCAGAUGCGAUCUCCAAACAGCUUGGUCCGAAGGGCCUCGUGAGGGUUGGUGGUGAGAAGUGGUGGCAAUGGCGGGGACCAGCAGAAGAGCUCAAGGGAGAGUGGGUGGAGAUGCGCAGUCAUUACAAUGAGACCGAGGAGUUUGGCGGACACUGUAAUCGGAUCAUGCUCUAUGUGCAUGGUGGCGCAUACUUCUUCGGUAGUGUUGAUACCCAUCGGUAUAUGCUGCAGCGUCAUGCGCGCAAGUUGAGGGGUCGAGUUUUCGCCCCGAACUACCGUCUUGCUCCUCAAUACCCCUUCCCAUGUGGUCUACAGGACUGUUUGGCGGCAUACCUUUGGCUAUUGAAGACAUACGAUCCGAAAGAAAUCAUAAUUGCCGGUGAUUCCGCGGGCGGCGGUAUGGCUCUAUCUUUGCUCGUCAUUAUGCGGGACCAAGGCAUUCCUCUCCCUGCAGGUGCCAUCCUCAUCUCGCCCUGGGUGGAUUUGACUCAUUCGUUCCCCAGCAUUGUGGCAGACAACCCGGGUGACUACAUCCCCCCGUGGGGAUUCAGACAUAAGCCUUCCAUCGCUUGGCCUCCCCCCAACGCUGAUGAGCUCUUAGAGAUCAAGAAGCUGUCCCGCAAGAGGAAUGUCACCAUGGAGGAUGUAGAAAAGAUAAUUCCCUCUCCCGGCAGUUCCGCGGAAGAAGAAGCAGUUCGUGGAUUCACCGUUCACAAGGAGGUGCCGCCCCCAAACGAGCACGCCUACCCCGGUGAACAGCAGAAUCCAGAUCCUGCCAGUCUGCAUGUGGAGCCUGACAACCUCAAGGUUGAAAUCGAUGGAAAGACUGUUGAACUUAAGGACCAGAUCCAGAUGUACGCAACCAACCAGUUGAUGUCCCACCCACUUGUGUCACCCGUACUGCAACCAUCCCUGGGUGGCUUACCUCCACUACAAAUCCUAAGCGGCGGUGGUGAAAUGCUACGCGAUGAGCAGUUUUAUGUGGCACAUAAAGCAGCGAAUCCUACAGCUUACCCGCCUGGUGAUAAGUAUCUUGACGAGUACGAUCCAGAUCGUAAGAUCUUGAACAAAUGGGAGCCAACGUACGUGCAGCUACAGGUCUGGGAUAAUCUCUGCCAUGUGGCCCCGACCCUGAGCUUCACCCGGCCGGCCAAAUACAUGUUUCGGUCGAUCUCUCAGUUUGGCUCUUGGGCGCUAUCUCGCGCACAGAACGUCGAGGUCGAUAUCAUGGACCAAGAUCUUGACUCCGACUCAUCCGAUGAUGAAUCGGAUGAACCAUCGAGUUCUAUAACUCGAUCAAUAUCCAACACGAAGUCACGCAACAGUGCCAUCUCAACUGUCGGCAGAGCUGGCGAUCCCCUGCCAGCGUUUCACCAGCACAUGAUCCGAGAAAGAAUCGACAAAAGGGGAAAUGUCUACCCACUAGACCCUCAGUCGUCCUAUCCUGUACUCGAUAUCCCGCCGGCUAAUGUCGGUUCGCUCAACCCGGUACUUAUCCAGAGAUGGUUACAUGCAAAGCAUGAGUGGGACGUCAAGUUCUCUCGACAGAAACUGCGGGUGCAGGCCAAGCGACUUAAGGAAAUGGCGCAUGGUUUCCAAGACUUUGAUGGCGACUGCCCGCCUUCAAGCUCAUUGGCUGCCCGUCGUGCUGCGCCAGGCGUUUUGCCACGGCGACACACAAAGAAGAACUACGGUUUGACACUUUGGAGUGGCUGGGGUAGCAAGCAUGAUAAGAAUUCGAUGAAAAGAGAACACGAGGCGCACGAAUUGGGUCGCUCUACAACUCGCGCCAGCGUGGAUAUUGGGCAGGCAGGUCUAUGGUCCAGUGAACCCACCAAAACGGUACACCAAAGCAAUGGCGAGCAACAAAAGACAGCUUAUCUAUCUUCAGGAAGUGAAACUAAGGCUUCGGAUGAGGAGUAUGUCCCUUCCGCAUGGGGGUCAACUUUAAAUGAUGCAUUGGAGAAAGUCGACGCUCCCAUGCUCAUCUUGCCCGAGAUGGAAAACCUGAAGCCUACCAAUGAAAAUAGCAGCACCAAAGCUCUGUUCCAUGCUUCGGGAACCUUUCCAGUGAAGUCUGAAGCUUCUUCAUCUUACCUUCGAGGACGACCUUCGUCAGUCGGUGAUCGUAGUGAGCUCAUGUCUGAUACCGGUGAUGAAGCUAGUACCAUUGGUGGAGAUAAAUACUACGAAAUGGUUCCCAAUAUUGCAACAGAUGCAGCCAGUACACGCGCAGUGCUGCGAGCUAAAGGAGUGAUCAAUUCAAUUGAGAAGAGUCACCUCUCAACUGAUACAGCAUCUACACAUGGGACCUCAGAUGGAAAUGCAUUGUCUGCCGGGUUCACGACUUAA